AUGUCACCACGCAAUAUUGUGGAUGCUCAGAAUGGAAUUUCGUACGAGGUGCUGAAGCGGCUGGGCAAGGUGGGUUUUUUAAUUUUACUACCCUAAUUCACGCUACUCUACCAUAUAAUACUUUGGCCAACUUUACUUUACCCUAUCCUACCCUACCCUACCCUACCCUAUCUUACCUUACCCAACCCUAAUUAGCCUAGGCUUCGCUUCUACCGUUUAGCCCUGGCCUACCCUCUACCCUUUAAGCUAGGCCUACCCUCUACUCUUUAGCCGAGGCUUAACCUCUGUCCUUUAGGCUAGGCAUAACUUAUACUCUUUAGCCUAAGCUUAAAGUCUACCCUUUAGCCUAGGCCUACCCUCUAAUUUAUAGCCUAGACCUACCCUCUACCGUUUAGCCUGAAUCUUCCCUCUAUCAAUUGGCUUAGAACACCUAUAUCCUUUAGCCUAGGCCUUUGUAAUUGAAAUUUUAUUUUCAGGGCUCAUUCGCGACCUGCUACCUAGUCAGUACUCGAUUGCACUCAGCCGUUGAUACUCAGUUUUUUGCUUUGAAGAAGUUUGCUCAACGUAACCAUCAUGAACACGAGAUACGGUUUUCCAAAAUUUGGAACGAAAUCGUGGUUCAUGGUCGAUUAUGUGAUGAAUAUCGACAUCCACAUCUGGUUUCGAUGUUGGCAGCCUUUACAUCGGAUGAAGGGGAUACCUGCAUGUUGUUGGAGUACUGUCCGAAUGGGAAUCUGAGCGAUUUUGUUGAACAACAGCCUAGUAAGUUGUUGUCGAUAAUAUAAUUGUAUGUACAGGCUGCAGAACUUCUUAGUUGCUUAAAAUAGUAGCAAUAGUACUCUUUUAAGGUACUAUUGGUACUAUUUUAAAGUAUAAUAAGAUUAUAUUAUACAUGAUUAAUCUCACUACAACUUUUUCCUUUCAGAAGGCUCCCUACGAGAAACAGACGCCACCCGUUACCUAAAACAACUGCUAAGUGCUCUAGAGUACAUCCACUCCGUCUACGACGUCCUUCACCGUGACAUAAAGCCAGGAAACGUGCUCCUAACCAAUGGUGCUCGUACAGUCAAACUAGCUGACUUUGGACUAGCGUGCACGGCCGAAGAUGCAAGAAGACGGGCUUCAGUAUGUGGUACUCCCAACUACGUAGCACCAGAGACAGUACUAUACAAAGGACACACUUAUUCGUCUGAUUAUUGGGCUUUAGCAUGUACUUUCUACUUUAUGUUAUGCGGGCAAACACCCUUCCAGACGUCUUCGAUCAAAGGAACUUACUCCAGAAUCUGUAGAGGCGACUAUGGGUAUCCAAGGAACUUCAACGGAAGCCGGAGGGCUAGCGAUUUUAUCGAUAAGUAAGUAAAAUUUGAUUUUUAAAAUGGUCCAAAACGUUUUUUUAAAGCAAUUUUCGUCUCCAACCCAUAAACAUUUUCAGAGUCCUGCUAGUGAAUCCGAUGCACCGAAUGACGAUGCGUGAGAUGCACGAUCAUCCUGUCUUCCAAAUGUUUCGUCGCAAUUCCCUGACCAAUCUACAUCAAAUGGAACUAUACGACUCAUCUCCAUCACACUCCAACGGAUCCUCACAUUCAGAACAUUCACCGCCAAGAACUCCCAACCCUCGAGUAAAUCGAUGUCAAUCCAUGUACGAUGUCAACAACAAUGCUCCAGAAUCCGCGAGUCCACAACGAUCGUUCGCCGAUUCUCAGCUAAUCACGAUGAACCUGUACUAUCGAUGUGUGACCGAAUGUUUGGGAGAUCAAGGAGAAUAUUGUGUGAUUCCAGUUGAUAGACAGAUUCCUCAGAAUUAUGUAGCCAAAUGGGUUGAUUAUACCAACAAGUUUGGGUUCGGCAUCAUGAUGAGGAAUGGAGUACGAUCGGUGGUCUUCAACGACGAUUCGCUGCUUUCUACAAUGUAGGUUUUGCUGUAAAUUCCCUGAAAAAAAAACUUUUUAAAAUUAUCCUCCCCCCUGAACUAACUUUUUAAAAAUGUUACCUUGCCGUAAAAUUUUUUGACCCUCGCUGAUCAUCUUAGGACUUCUCGUGCCCUUAAUUAUCCCAAAACCACCCUCCCGACCCUAGAUAUACCUAAAAAACACCUUCUAAAACAUUACCUUUUCAGUGACGGAGAAACAACCCUAUAUCACCCUCUAAAAUCACACAAAAGCUCAAGUAUCAUAAACAAAGACGACACAGUGAACCAAGCCAUGGAAUCCAAACUCCGUUCUCUCCGUUACGUCAAGAAAUACAUGGAUACAGAGCUGAAUUCAGCUGUUCCGUUGCUAGAACCUCGAAAUUCUGAUGGAAUUCAACUUUGUCGCGAAAAUUAUGUGACAGAGGUCAUGAAACUCACAGAUUCUGUUGUUUUCAUCAUGUCAGAUGAGUCUGCACAGGUAAGGAACAUUGAAAAGAGUGUAAAGUUAAAGGUUUUACAAGUUACGGCCAUGUUCUACUCUGUAAAGCAAAAUUAUCCAAAAAUCAAUUUUGUCGUUUCGUCCCGGUUUGUUUUUCUGGCCGAAUUUGUGAAAUCCAAGUAAACAAAAUAUUGUUUUCGUGUAAACAUACGAAAAUAAGUUGGAAAGAAAGUAAAUAAUGUGUAUUUCAGGUAAACUUCACCACAUGUCGCCUCAAAGUAUUCUUACAACGAGAAAAUGACCAAGUUUUCUUGACCACCGUCUCGCCAACUGGAAUAUUCGGGUUUUCUCUGAUGGAACGGGUGUUUAGCCCGGUCCAGCCAGCUCCGCCUUGUCCUAAUUGGGCUCCAAUGGUAUUGGACACGUUACAACAAGUUUUGGAGAGGUUUUCACUUGCCAGACAUUCGACCAAGUGCUAA